AUGACGCGUUACGAUAGUCCCGACGACAAAUUAUUGAGAGAAGAAGAGCGGCUUUUUCGUGACUGGCUCAAGGGUUUAGGAUACUCUCGCCCUGCAACCCGUGCCGAUCUGGGCGAGUAUGAGUUCACCGUCAAGAAACAAGUUCUGUUAUUCGAAAAAUCAGGCUCCGGCGCGCUUUAUGUCGAAUCCCUCAUCAGACGAUUUCCCGCCUCGGUGAGCUCGAAAAGGCUGCAUAUCAAGCUCCCGCCGGAGCUGUGGCUCGACGUCCUGGACUACUGCUCUCUUAAGCCGGACUACGUCCUCGUCGUCCCGCAGAGUACCACUCCCGACGGCAAACUGGUUCUAUGGGAGGUCCGAAACCGCCAAAGGUCUGGCAAGCCCCCAGCCGAGGAGGUCUUUGAGCUCGACCUGGCCUACCUAGACAGCAACCCGGGGGUUCUCCUUACCAGCAUCACGCACCAGGAUGUCAUCGCGCGGGUGGAAGGGGGUGAUUGCGGCGACUGCCUCGGAAAACGGGCGACGACAAGUGGUCGUCGUCGGGGGCUGCGGCCUUGUUCACGCUGUACCGGCUACUACUUCGCAAAGACCCCGCGCGACGGGAUGGAUCCUGCUUGGGGGGUAGUGAAGAAGAAGUGUGUGACGCUGGGAUAUGGCUACGAGGUGUUUACUGCUUGCGGCCUCCCGGUGCCGACUGAUAGAGAUGUGGACAAGCUUUCUCAUCUUCGUCUCGACGACCUGGUCGAGCGGAAACCGGUCCUCGUCCUCAACAAACUCGCGCUCAGUGCACGCUAUCUCGAAUCCCUCGUCCGCGAGACCAACAACAUCAUACGCCCGACCAACGGAAACACCACGUUGCCCCUUGAACUGUGGCUCGACAUCGUGGAAAUCGCUUUCGAGCAGUUGGCGUUUUCCCUCGUCGUGCCGGAGGCCGUCGAGGGCCUCGACACCCCGAACCCGACGCUCGUGUGCCGGGAGUUUACGGAGGCGCAGGAACUGGGCUGCUCCCGGAUUCAUCCCGCCGUCCCGUCUACGGUCUCCUGCUUUUUCUUCUUCGCUGCACUGCUGAUACGUGGCGUCGGCAAGGUGGGUGAGAGCCUCAAAGGGGGCAACGACAAGGUUGGCGUCGGCUCUGGUGGCUUUCGAACACGAGCGUCUUAUUGA